AUGGAGACAAACCUUUCCUACGAAAAUCUCACUGCCGAUCAGAAACGGAAGCUGAAGGAGAUUUUCCAGGUUGACGACCAGGUGGAGGAUGACUACACCGAAAUCGGCGUUCGCUUUGACGACGAAAGCGCCAUUGCCGAGUUCUACAAUGCUUUGCCUGCGGAGCAAAAAGCGGAAUUCCUUGACACUAACGAUAAUGUUUUGGAGGACAAUUCAGUCGCCGAUGAAGAUGACAGCAAUCGACAAAGGCGCCGCUAUCUGGAAAAUAGAAUACAAACCUUUCUAGGUUAUCGUGGGAACACGGCCGUGUUGUUGAGAGCUCUGGAGCCACAUGUCGCAAGAAAAAGGCGAUUGCGUAGAGCUGUUGACGAAGCCAGAGAAUUGCUUGACCGACAGAAAGCACGCCAUCUCGCGCAGAUGUUGAGAGAACAAAUGCCAGAGGAACACAGAGUUUAUGAUGAAGCCCGUCAAGCUUAUAGAAACGUUGCUGAAUCGGAGGACGAACGAAGGUUUGUAUACUUGACUGGAAUGAGAGAAAGAAUCGAGACACAGCUAAGGAAUGCCCAAAAUGAACUUCGAAGAUUGCCCAGGCCAUGA